UAGAUUACCUCAAGGUGUUAUUGUGCUUCAUUUUACAGUUUCUGCGUGUCGGCUUAUCAAACGGCUCAGACUGCAGAUUCACUGACCUUAGUCCUCAGUCCCUUCCUUGUGAAAUGUUACGCUAGACAAAGGCCAAUGGAAAAAAAGGGGACGUCAGCAAAUCAGAGGGGUGUUUGUUCCACCACACUCAUGUGAUGUGUACUGAAUUUCCUUCCCUAUAGUCACACCAGAGGGCAGCUCUGCUGUCAGGCUAAAUUCACACCCAGUCAAAUGUUGUAGAACAAAUCUGUUCAUCCGCUCAUUACUUGUUUCCAGGAACUCACUCUCCUUCCUCCUGACAUUUCUUGUAAAAUUCUCCACCAUUUUUAUGUAAUGUGAUGAAGAAAUAUUCAGAUCCUUUACUUUUUCUCUCCUGUAUUUUAAAUGUGUAAAAAAUGAGUUAUUAGUUUAGUGUCUUGCAUUAUAUAAGGAAAAGAAAAGUAAAAUAACAACACAACUCUGGUCGCUAUAAAUCUGUUUAUAAAUAGCAGAAAUAAACUUGUUACUAAUGUGUUAUUUAUACUAAAUGUCAUUACUUGAGUUCAUUUACAUGUGUUGCUCUUCACCUCCAUCAAAAACCUAAUAUGUGUUUAUAAAUAUUAUUUUAUAUUGAAACCUGUAACAUGAAGUGUGACAGUUGUCUGGUUUGCCAACAUUACAAAUCAUAUAAUUUCAGUGCUGCAGAUAUACAACCCUGUAUCUUAUAGACUUGUAAGACACAUAUGAAGAAAAGAAAAACCUCAUCAAGGAUUUAUGAAAGAAACUAAAGUCAAAUUAAAAUGUUUAAAACCUUUCUUCUCAAAGUGAAGCAGGGACACAGGAAUGCUACAGAACUGUACACUGAGUUCACUCCACUUUAAAUUGAAUUUAGUGUUUUGUUCCCGACGACCUGAAGCAACAUUUAGCUCGGAUUAAUCAACACAACAACAGAAAAAGGAAACAUUAAACAGGGAACAAAGACAAGUUUCCUGGAGCUUAACCUUUUUUGGUGCACAACUCAUUCAUCAUGUGACCGUUACUCACAUCACUUCAGUGUGGAGUGCACAAAGUCUGACACGUGUGUAUGAGUGUGUGUGAGUGUUUAGUUUUGAGAUGGUACUCCUGUUGUGGGGACUUAAAUUUGACAAAACACUCACAUAAUGGGGACUUCUCUUCUAUAUGGGGACAUAUCAAGUCCUCAUAAUGUAAAUGAUUACAUUUUAAAGUGAAGACCUGUCAUAUUGUUAGGAUGAGGUCAGAGUUAGAUUCAUGUUGAGUUCAGGAUUAGGGUUAGGCCUGUAGAAGUUAGGAUUAAGGUUAGAAUGCGUUUCAAGCCAAUGUCCUCUGAAGUCAUGGAAACCACACUAUAUGUGUGUGUGUGUUUUGAAUCAGUUUGACAGUCAAACAAAGCUGACAUUCAGCUAAGCUUGUGUCUGUCCUCCACACUCCACUGCUUGUUCCUUCACUGGAGGAGGGAAAAAAGGGCCUGAUUGACUUUUAAUGUUGUACACUACACUACAAACAAAGAUCCAUGCACAGUGCAAUCCUGUGUGAAUUCAUUUUACUGCAAAUGUAUUGUCCCUCACAAUUAUAUCACAUAGAUACACACUCUCUCUCCUUGCUGUUACGGGUCAGGUAAGGUUAGUUUCCGUGUAAUGUUAUUAUUGAUACAGCAGGUGAGGCAGCGUGUUCUUUAUUUGAUCAAACUUUUCAGGCUUUUCAUCUGGAGAAUGUGAAGAAACAAUAACAUUCCCUCCCUCCAUACACACCCACAGGCACAUUGUUCUUCACUGUAAACCUGCAGAGCUCAGCUCGCACCUCCUGUGAUGAUUAUUAUCUCAACAAAAUGUACAAGAGCUGAGCAACUCAUGACGCCUCAUCGCAGCAAAAACUGGUGAAAACCUGCCAUCUAGUGUUGAAUAUGAGUGCUUGCAAAACUCUGGAGCAAUAGUGAAAAGAUGGAUUACAAUAAAGGCCAGGGAGAAUGCAGAUGCUGUUUUAACCCAUCUACAUUAUAAAAUAAAAUAGAAAAAUAAAUCACAUAUUUAGUUAACAAAUUUUAACCUUUUUAUGAAAUUGUAUUAACUUUAGAGAGAAGCACAGCUGAACAAACUGCUGCUUUAACUGAUCCACACUGGACACAAUGAUCCACACGACAACCACACGAUGAUGAUUCACAGCAGUGUUAGUGGUUCAGGCUCUUGUGUGAAACACUGACACACCUUACAGACACAUACAGAGAAUAAUAAUGAUGAUGUAAGCUGACAGGACAAUGGUGGACACAUCAUGUAGCAGGUGACCUGCUAAUAAAGUGAGAACGCACUCACUUCCUGUUGCCACUAGGUGAUGAUGUGUCUGAGACUGGGACUUUUAAGAGUCUAACAUGUGCAGAAAAACACUUCAAAUGUGAAAACCAAACAAAAAAUUUCAUAUCAACAAAGUUUUACAACUGACUUCACAACUGACUUCAACACACUCACUUCCUGUUGCCACUAGGUGAUGAUGUGUCUGAGACUGGGACUUUUAAGAGUCUAACAUGUGCAGAAAAACACUUGUUAGAAGCCAAACAAAAAAUUUCAUAUCAACAAAGUUUUACAACUGACUUCAUUUGAAGUGGAUUGGACCCAGUUGUUAGGAUAAGUUUGUUAAGCGGUCCAAAAAUAGUUGAUGAAUAAAUAAAUUAAUACAUUAAAUAAUGGUGGAUUUUGACACAGACAGUCAUUUAAAACACCCAUGCAGAAGACCCAUAAAAUACUAUAAAUAUAAUAUUUAUUUAUGAUUGUUUGCUGGACUGGGCACAAAACUGAAUUUUCGAACAUAUUUAGACCCUAAAAUGUGUCAAUGACAUGAGAGCAAAUAUUGAAUCUAUUCAUAUAUUAUCUAAUCAUAUUACUUUAAUAGGAAACACAAUAGAAACACUUUUCAGUGCUCAGGCGCUAAUAAUGCGUAUAAAAUGAGUAUAAAACAUGAAAUAUUAAAUAAAAACUGAGGUUUGGAAAAUCCAUUACUAUGUUUAAUUGUUUUCAAAUUCUUUCAUUAUCUCUCUCAAUUCAACUCAUCUCUUUUAAGAAGCUUAUUAUAACCUCUAACCACCUGCACACUGGUAUAUAUAAAAUAUGUUUUUUUUUAUUGGAAAAAAAUGACACAAAGAGAAAAGACAGCAAUAGGAACUACAGUGGUCAAGACGCAACAUUCAAACACUAAAAUAGACAGAGAAACUAAGUAAACAGAGAAGUAAAAUAAAAUAAAUAAAUAGAUAAAAAAGCAGGGGGGAUUCAAGAAGGGCUGCCAUCUAGUGUAAAAUUAUCAGAGUCAGCCCUCAGAGAGUAUUUAAUCUUUCCUAAUUUUAGAUAAGACAUGACAUCCCUAAGCCAAUGAUUAAUGGAGGGCGCUUUGGAUUUCCUGUAUUCAUUUUCUUUGUACAUAUGUUUUAUUAUCCUAUGUUUUAAUGUGCCAGGGGUUUAAUGUGAUUUGAGUGUCCUGAUUGGCAUUAUUAUAAAAACACCAACAAGAAAAAGAAGUUACAGAGUUGAAUUCAGGUGGCAAUAUCAUCACAGACUGACAAAAUAAGACAUAACAUACUUAAAGGGUUAAGAGGAGGGUCAGCAAAACAAAGAAAGGACACAAUUUAGUCUGAUAAAUGGAUAAAUAAACUGAUAUAAACCAGGCAAACACAUUACGCUGACACUUUUAUUGUGUCUCUGUGUGUGACAUAACUACACUGAACGCCCUCAGGAAAAGUCCAAAUGUAAUAAACACCACCUGUUUAGUGACCAGCAUGAGCACAAACACAUUAAAUGAUAUGAGUCAGGCUCUUGUAAUGUGUCACAUAUGUGUCUCACAGCAAACAACAGCAGUGCCCGCUGACGCAGCGUCAGGAGGCUGCGGCCGCUCGCUGAGCGAGCAGCAGCAGCAUGAGGAGGAGGAGGAGGCUGGGAGGUUAUUGUGAAGAAGGAGAAGCAUCUGAGUCCAAGGACAACUUGAGAAAAAGAGGCACACACCCAGAGCUCAGUGAUCCGUGAAGGAGGACACAAGGCCAUGGCCUCCUGGUUCAGCUGGAAUGAGCCGUAUUACCGGAGUGCCCGGCGUGAUCCGGCUGACGUGGUCAGCGACACCCUGAUGCUGGAGUUCAGCUGGCAGCUGAAGGAGGCCGAGAGGCAUCAGAGGGACAGGGAGAACGAGUACCGGCGCAUCAAGACCGGAGUGGACUACAGCUGGCUGGCCAACACGCCUCGCUCCUCCUACAGCGUCAGCACCGGGGAGAGGCUGGGCCUGGAGGACCUCUGCUCCAAGGUGCCGCCGUCCUGCUGUGGACUGGUCAUACUUAAGUUCAGAGAGGUCAUGCAGGCCAAUGAGCCCGAGGUGCAGGAGGUGUCUGGCCUGUUCCGCUCCGUCCUCCUCGAGGCUCUGGACCACCUGAAGGAGGAGCAGGAGGCGCAGCGGCUCGCUCGCCAGUGGAACAACAAGCGUGCCAUGAGCAUGUCCCUCGUGAACUUCAGGUCCCGCAUCAGGAUCAACCCGUUCGGGAGCACGCUGGGCCUGACCUCAGCCGUAUCCGACGGGGCGGGGCUGAGCGACCUCAAGACGGUGUCAGGGGACGUGGAGAGAGGGAUGGAGGGGGAGGGGAGAGUGUGGAGCAUGCCUGACUUCAGAUACAAAGGAGCGAGCAGCAGUAGGGUCGUUUGAUGUGAGGCCUUCACGAGACAUGGUGGUUCUUCUGAUGCUGAUCUAUAGGAUGUAAAUGCUGGUGUGCACCAAGGAAGAGAGGAUAAAUCCCGUCAUCCAUUUUUUUGUAUGAGACCCCUCAGCAUUGAAUCUUUGCAGUCAUUCCCAGAGACUGUGUCGGGACUCACAGAUAAGACCUAGAUUAGAGACAAGAUUUUUUUUCCAGCCUUUUAGUUAAGAAACAUCCAUCUUAAUGUAUAUCAUUAAGUUGCAAUUCAUUUCUCAAACAUUUAUCUCAUGGAAAUGGGUGGUUUAUUUUGUACUCAAAAAUGUUACAUUUCACACAGCGACAUUACAGUGAUGCCUUCAUCCAUUUUUUUUGGCAUCUAAAGCACAAAGAUAAACUUACUGUAGCCUGCUAGUUUUACUUAAUUCAAAGGCAUUGCUGUUGCAAGAGGAACUGGUUAUAUUACUGUAUGUCAGACUACACCACUGAGAAGAGGAGAAUGUUAUUUUAAUUUUAUUAGAUUUGUGUAUGUUCCUCACUGUUGUAAAAAGAAAUAUUCACAGUAAUCAACGUUCACAUUCACGUCAUUUAAAGAGUGAGUCACACUCUCUCCACUCAGACUGUGUCACUAUUGUUCAUCAUUCAAGGUCAGAGAGAACUGAAAGCUUUCCAUCUGUGGUCAUCACCUGCAAGGUGGCGUCGCAGAAGAAAACGAUGCAAAGAAAUGACUGAGGAAUGUUUCAAUGACGCACUUCCACGUAAAAUCUUUCCAGCAGUUUAUUGCCGUUUUUCUUCACAGCAAAAUACAACAGUACAUGACAGGUUAAUGCUCCAUAAUCAUUUUUAUACAAGUGGAGACAUUAAUGGUAACUGUGUUUUGUAUUUCAAAUUGAUAAAAAAUAAACGACUCAUGAACGCA